AUGUUCAAGGGGCCAGCCAAGUCUAACAUGGCAAUCGAUGGCGGUGCGCCCGCUGCACUGCCACCCGUCGUGACCUCGAUACGACAGGUCAAGGUUACGGGAGAGAGAAAGCCAUUCGUGCCACUCGACGACGGUGAGAGAUUGCCGGAUGCAGGUGCCGCCCGAGCCAACAUCGCAGCGUCAUACGACAAGCCCCAUGGAACCACCGAGCACGGCUGGGCCGAGAAGCACCAGGGCAAGACUGUACUGCAACAGCACUGCGAGUUCUUCGACUCGGACCGUGACGGCGUGAUCUGGCCCCAGGACACCUUCAUCGGCUUCUACCGCCUGGGCUUUGGCAUAUUCCUCUCGCUCCUAUCAGUCUUCAUCAUCCACGCCAACUUCUCGUACCCGACGUGCCCGUCGUGGCUGCCGGACCCCUUCUUCCGCAUCUACUUGGCCAGGAUCCAUAAGGACAAGCACGGCAGCGAUACCAACACCUACGACCACCAGGGCCGCUUCGUGUCGCAGCACUUCGAGGACGUCUUCUCCAAGUAUGCCGACGGCCGCGACUUCCUGACGCUUACUGAUCUGAAGAACGUCGUGACCGGGCAGCGCUGCAUUGCGGAUCCCAUAGGAUGGGGUGGUGCUCUUUUCGAGUGGACCGCGACCUACCUGAUGCUGUGGCCGGCUGACGGGCGCAUGAUGAAGGAGGACAUUCGCGGCAUCUACGAUGGGAGCAUCUUCUAUACCAUUGCUGACAGACGGGCAAAGAAGAACUAG